UUUCUCAGGUGAGAGCCACAGAGGGAGCUGCUGUGCCAUCAUCAUGAGCUGGGGGGCACUAUACGCUCAGUUGGGCGGUGUAAACAAACACUCCACAAGCCUGGGGAAGAUCUGGCUCUCGGUGCUGUUCAUCUUCCGGAUCACCAUCCUAGUGUUGGCGGCAGAGAGCGUGUGGGGAGAUGAGCAGUCCGACUUCACCUGUAACACACAGCAACCCGGCUGUAAGAACGUAUGCUAUGACCACUUCUUUCCCGUGUCACACAUCCGCAUGUGGUGCCUUCAGCUGAUCUUUGUGUCCACACCCGCGCUGCUAGUGGCCAUGCACGUGGCUUACAGAAAGCGUGGAGACAAGAGGAGCAUGCUGGCCUCCAACGGGACGGAGAAGAUGUCUGACACAGAGCUGGAGACACUGAAGAAGAGGAGGCUGCCCAUCACUGGCCCUUUGUGGUGGACCUACACCUGCAGCCUGUUCUUCAGGCUCAUCUUUGAGGGGGGCUUCAUGUACGCCCUCUACUUUGUCUAUGACGGCUUUCAGAUGCCCCGCCUGGUCAAGUGUGAGCAGUGGCCCUGUCCCAAUAAAGUGGACUGUUUCAUCUCUCGCCCCACAGAGAAAACAAUUUUCACCAUUUUCAUGGUGUCCUCCUCUGCUAUCUGCAUGGUCCUUAACGUGGCUGAGCUGUGCUACCUGAUCGUCAAAGCUUUGCUCAGGUGCUCCGCCAGGAACAGCCGGAGGAACCAGCCACGCUACAGCCCUCAGGACACCCUGGUCCGGGACACCACACUGCUGCAGAACCAGAAGAACGAGAUGCUCCUGUCCUCCUCUGUGGACUCCACCAACAAAACCAUGUGCUAA